AUGGCCGGUAAUAAGUCACAGGUGUUGUCGCUGUACAGACAGUUUCUGCGUAACGCUAGCAAGUUCGAAGACUACAACUUCAGGAACUACUUCUUACGCAAGUCCAGAGAUGAGUUCAAGAAGCACAAGGAUGUUUCUGACCCCGCAGAGAUUGCCAAUUUCAUCAAAAGUGCUAGACAAGAUUUGUUAGUGUUGAAGAGACAGGCUGAAAUUUCACAGAUGUACCAUUUCGACAAGCUUGUGGUUGAGAAGUUAGACCGCCACCACCGCACUUAA